UGGAGGCAGUGCGCAAGCGCGGACUUGGCUGUGCAGGCGGCGGUUGAGGCUUCCGGACGCGGUGCCGACCAUGACCCAACAGGGCGCGGCGCUGCAGAACUACAACAACGAGCUGGUCAAGUGCAUCGAGGAGCUGUGUCAGAAGCGAGAGGAGCUGUGCCGGCAGAUCCAGCAAGAGGAGGACGAAAAGCAGCGGCUACAGAAUGAGGUGAGGCAGCUCACGGAGAAGUUGGCCCGCGUCAACGAGAACCUGGCGCGCAAGAUCGCCUCUCGCAACGAGUUUGACCGGACCAUCGCAGAGACAGAGGCCGCCUACCUCAAGAUCCUGGAGAGCUCGCAGACUCUGCUUAGUGUACUCAAAAGAGAAGCUGGGAACCUGACUAAAGCCACAGCUUCAGACCAGAAGAGUAGCGGAGGCAAGGACAGCUGACGAGUGCCUGUCUCAGCCGUGGCCUAUGGCUGCUCAGUCCCCAACAUGUCUGUCCUAAAGCAUCUUUGUUCUCCGUGGCCUCAGAUGUCUUCUAUCUCUGGUGCCCAGAGGGGCAAUUUCUGACCUCCACCUGCCUUGGGUGACAAGAAAAGCCCUAGGACAGUCCAAUGGGAAAGGUGUUCCCAGCUCUGUCCUCACAUGAGCUGUGGGGACCCUGAGUGCCUGGUCAGCUCCAUGAGAGGCCUCUCUGAAGCUCCUGUAUCCCCUUGGGCUACCAGGAAUGUCCUGGUCUUAGUCUGAGUACUGUGGGAGCCCCUCACUUUGUCUCAGCCACUAGGGCCCCAGGCCAGGCAUGUUGAAGAAAGAAUCUUGACUCCAGAACCGAAACCUUAGGACCCAUCCCCAUGGCCUCUGGGGUUUCAAUAAAGGUUGUUUUGCAAGA